UGGGAGUCCCGCCACCGGUCCGGGAACCCGCAGAAGCACCGGAGCCGCUGCCGCCACUAUCGGCACUGCCGCCGUCCACCAUGGGUUCAGGUUCCCAUCUGCUGCUACCUCUGGUGCUUUGCCUGGGGCUUGGCGUACUGGCGCUUUCUGCGGGGUCCCCGGGCUUCCGCAAGCGAGGUCCCUCAGUGACGGCCAAGGUUUUCUUUGAUGUGAGGAUUGGAAACAAAGAUGUUGGUAGAAUCGUGAUUGGCCUCUUUGGGAAAGUUGUGCCCAAGACUGUGGAAAACUUUGUCGCUUUGGCAACAGGAGAGAAAGGAUAUGGAUAUAAAGGAAGCAUAUUUCAUCGCGUCAUCAAAGAUUUCAUGAUUCAAGGAGGAGACUUCACCAAUGGAGAUGGCACUGGCGGUGUAAGCAUUUACGGUGAGACCUUUCCAGACGAGAACUUCAAACUGAAGCAUUAUGGCAUUGGGUGGGUCAGCAUGGCCAACGCUGGGCCUGACACCAAUGGCUCUCAGUUCUUUAUCACCUUGACCAAACCCUCCUGGUUGGAUGGCAAACAUGUGGUAUUUGGAAAAGUCCUCGAUGGAAUGACAGUGGUCCACUCCAUAGAACUUCAGGCAACUGAUGGGCACGACCGUCCACUCACCGACUGUUCCAUCAUCAACAGCGGCAAGAUAGACGUGAAAACGCCCUUUGUGGUUGAGGUCCCCGACUGGUGACGCAAGCAGCAGCAAACAAGGAAAAUACUCGACGUGUGUGUGUGUGUGUGUGUGUGUGUGUGUGUGUGUGUGUGUGUGGUCUGAUUCUUCAAAGUUACUGUUUUGCAUUGUCUUUUUACUUUCUUCUAUUUUCCACUCCAGAUCACAGGAGAGUUUCAGCCAAAGUUUACUUUGCAUGACUUUUGGUAAAUCACAUGUUUAGUGGCUUUGUCCUUAAAAGACAUAGGUCCUUCCUUCAGCGGUGCUGUUUUUAAACGAGAAAACUUUGUGUCAGCUAUUUUCUUUUGAAGAACACCAUCAUUAUUUCUUGAAUUAAUUGUGAUCCCCAAGCUAAGUGAUCCUGAACUCGUUAGGAAAAUAUGGAGACAUGAAGUUUAUUAUUUUGUAUUUAAACAGAACUUCUCUUUAGGUAAAGGGAGAUUUGAUUAGUAUAAUCUGAUCUAUGUCGUAGGGACCUUUGCCUGAUGAAAGGUGCUUUGAUGUUCUCUAUAUUAAAUACUUUUUAUAUAAACUAAGUCUUUUUGCAAGACUUUUUUAAAUUUAAAAUUCUUUUAAAAAUUAACAUACAAAAAUAUACACACUCUAAUGUUAAGAAUAAACAGCUUAGAGAGGGUUCUAAAUCAAAGUAACUAACACA